AAAAUUUCAGUGUCGAGUUCACAAGAAGUUUUCUUUUUUUCACGUAUCAGCUAGAAGAUCUUGAUUAGAGGGACUUAUUAAAGCACUACUCUGUGAAUUGGCAGCAAAUAACUUACACAGGCAGGAAGAUGACAGAAUGCGGGAACAAGGAAUCAACCUCAUGUUUCGGACUUAGCAAUCACAAUAAAUGCAGUAUAAACAUCAACAAUGAUCUCAAUUCGAAUAGCUUCACUCAGAAUUACAGAUCCACAGAAGACAGUAGCUAUUCAUUGGACAAUCAGAGCCAUAAGAAUGAGAUUAAGACGGGCAGGAAAUCCUCAACGAAGCCUGCUGUGAAAUUGUACAAAAGAAGGUUUGUGAUGCUAUUUCUUUUCGCCAUCUGUUCUAUGAUGAAUGCAGUUCCUCAAUUCCAGUAUACAGUAGUAGCAGAUAUAGUUGCUUGUUAUUAUAACGUGAGCUUGACAGCUGUAAAUUGGACUUGUGUAGUGUUUAUGGUGGUAUUCCUACCUCUUGUUUUCCCAGUUAUGUACUUAAUGGAAAAGAAGGGCUUGCGAGUCACUCUUAUGACUGGAGCUUUUCUGAAUUGCUUAGGAGGGUGGAUACAAUGCGCUUCGUUCAGACCAUCCAGAUAUGCUGUCAUUAUGACAUCGCAGACUAUAUAUGCUAUGGGUCAAGUAUUUGUUCUCAGUUUGCCACCUUUCAUUGCCGGCGUUUGGUUUGGAGCUACAGAAGUGGGACUUGCAUGUGCAAUGGGAGUUUUUGGAAACCAGUUAGGUAUUGCACUGGGUUUCAUCAUUCCUCCCAUGGCUAUGACAAAUAAUUGCACGGAUCAAGUAGAUAUUUCAUACGAGCUUAGCAUGAUAGGCUACCCGAUGGCAGUCAUUAACACGCUGAUUUUUUUCCUACUUUUUUUGGCUUUCCAAGAAAAGCCACCCAUGUUUCCCAGUGUUGCUCAAGCUACAAAGCAACGAGAAAACACUAACUAUGCAGAAUCCUUAAAGAACCUUUUCAAAUCUGUACCUUUUAUAUUGUUACUCAUUUCUUAUGGUCUGAUAACUGGUUCAUACUUUGCCAUGUCUACCAUAAUGAAUGAAAUGGUUUUGAUUCAUUUUCCGGGCGAGGAAGUGGAUGAUGCUGGGUGGAUGGGUGCCCUGAUGGUCUUCGCUGGAAUGAUUGGAUCAGUUCUCUUAGGUGCUCUACUAGAUAAAACGCACAAAUUUAAAGAGAUAUCACUAUUCGCAUUUAUCACGAGUUUGUUACUUUUAAUUGCCUACACCGGUCUCAUUCAACUGAAUAUUAUUUGGAUACAGUUUCUUUUAUUUACUCUUUUGGGUUUUAUCAUGACUGGCUAUCUUCCCGUGGGAUUUGAUUUUGGAGCAGAAAUAACAUACCCAGAAUCAGAAGCAAUGUCGGCUAGUUUACUUAACGCUUCCACUCAGAUAUUCAGUAUAAUCUUGACUAUUAUAUCUUCAGGAAUGUUGCAAUCAUAUGGAGACUUUUCAUCAAAUAUUUUCUUUUGUUCAAUGCUAUUUAUCGGUACCAUCAUUGUAGCUUGCAUUAAAUGUGAGUUAAAAAGGACUCAUGCUGAUGAAACAAAACCUCAAUGAAGACUUCAAGUAUAUUAUAAUGAAGCCCGGGAAACUUUCAGUCAAUGCUCUACUGGUGCUGUAAGGUACAAUGGGUGAAGGCUAGUUCAAAAAUAUAUUUCUUUCACCACAAAAUUUCCUGGAAAGAAAUUGAAACCACAGCUAAAAUAGAUUAAUAGUUUAUACACUUUUAAAUGAUCAUCCUUCUCGUAAAGAUGCUCAAUUUCAGUAAAAUUGUUUUGCUUGCUAAUUAAUAUUGGGGAAAUUUAUUAGUUGCUAGGAAGAAUCUAAUAUUUUCUUCAAUGUUACAUUUAAGGGCAGUUAAAAAUGAAAAUUUUUAGACAAUUGCAAAUAUAAUUAAAAGUGUUAAAUUUUUCCAUAUAUAAAGCAGUUCUUUAUGAAAAACUUUAUAUCUAUUCUUUUUUCUUUUAUAAGGAUAAGCUCUUUAGUUUCUGUGACUAAACAUGUAACUAAAUAAUAAACUUAUUUAGAUAUGAAAAUAAUUAUCCAGAAAUGAAUAUACGGAGAUUUGUGAACUAUAAAUUUAAUUUAACAAUUUACGAUGCAUGUGAAAAAAAGGAAUCAUAACUUAUUAUGUAAAGAGUAUAUAUUCAUUGUAUAAAAGAAGUAUAAAUUUUAUUAAAAAUAUCAUUAUUUACUAAUGUAAUGAAGGAAGUUUUAGAUAUUGUCAUUCAUUUUAAAUAAAAUGUUUGUUGAUUUUUCUUGA